GGGGCACCAAUAAAGAAUGUGAGAAAAUGCAACGGGCGUGAGUGACGGGUGGGGAGGCGAGUCCAGCCUUGGUCGCACCUUCUAACGGUACAAAACCGAGAGCCCACUCCACCAAACCCAAAGCUAAAGCAAAAGAUAAUAAACUCUUAGAGAGAGAAACAUAUUAGAGAUAGAGAGAGAGAAAGGGCAGAAAUUCGAAAAGCAAGCAAAGAAGCCGCAAAAUAAAAUCCAGAAAAAUUGAGGGGAAACCAAGGGUUUCGUUCUUCCUUCAGUGUUUUAAGUGCAGAGAAGAAGCAGUCGAGGAAGAAGACGACCGCGAAAAGAUGCAGCCGAAUCAGAGGCAGGGCGGAGACUCGCAGACUCAGCUUCAGACGCUUAUGCAGUCCGGGCAAGUUUCCGGGAGCUUCAGCUUCAAUGGCACUAUGACGAAGGAAGAUGAGGAGAUGUCUAGGUCCGCUCUUUCCACUUUCAAGGCUAAGGAGGAGGAGAUUGAGAAGAGGAAACUAGAAGUCAGAGAGAAGGUCCAGGCCCAGCUAGGCCGUAUUGAAGAAGAAACCAGGCGUUUGGCUAGUAUUCGUGAGGAAUUAGAAGCGUUAGCAGAUCCUACAAAGAAGGAAGUGUCUGUUGUACGAAAGAAGAUUGAUCUGAUCAACAAGGAGCUAAAACCAUUGGGACAUGCUUGCCAGAAGAAGGAGAGAGAGUAUAAAGAAGCUCUUGAGGCCUUCAACGACAAGAACAAAGAGAAAGCACAGCUAAUUGGAAGGUUGAUGGAGGUCGGUAACCUGGUGGAUGAAAGUGAGAAGUUGAGGAUGAAAAAGUUGGAGGAGCUGAGCAAGAGCAUAGAAACGUUACGCUGAAAUGUUUUACUCAGAGAUUGUCUUGUGACUAAUUAGGCUGUGUGACAGUGUAUUUAAGUAAAAGACAGUUUUAAUUAAUCAUAUAUGGGGUGUUUUGGUUUAAUUUUUUUCUUCUGUCUGGGUUGUAAUUUAUUCUGCUUUUGUUUAUUUGCUUAGUUUAUGAUGAUGACUGACUUUAGAUCCCAAGGGAAAUACCCUGUAAUGUAAAACAGGUUUGUGACAAAAAUAUUGUCUCAACUCUGGAGGUCUGCUGCAUUCUUGUCAUUUUCCCCUUUUAGUUCAACUUCAUAUUGCUCAUAAUUUGGUGCAUGUUUUAUAAAAUGCGUGCUUUGAGCCUUUGAUCUUCAA